AUGUCGGUAAUUCUUAAAGAUCUCAAUGAUUAUAUUUCCCCCUCUCAAGCUUGUAUAAAGCCUGUUGAAGUCCAAAAAACCUCAAAGGACAACAACAAUGUGAUUAAAAUUGAUAAUUCUGGUGGAUAUUAUGAAGUUUCACAGGAGGGUAUUGAGACAAAGCUACAACCCGCAAACAUAAGUUUAGAGGAUUAUUUUUCAUUACUUGAAAGCGCUCGUGAAUUUGUUGAGAGAUACCGAAAAUUUCAUGGAAAUCGUGAUCCCUCUUCAUUUCUAGAAAAUGUUUCAAUAAAAAACAAUAGAAUAAAACGUGAAAGUACAUCCUCUAAAGAUGCAACGCAACAUAAAAGUUCGUGUGACAUAUGUUUGCCAGUGUUAGCUUCAUCCUGUCCAGGGUGGAUAUGUUAUGCUGAAAAAACUCAUAAAUUUAUACUACCCUAUAUCAGUGAAACUAAGUCUCCCCAACAAAUUAUGGGUUCAAUAGUUAAAGAUCAUUUAGCAAGUAAAUUAGGAAUAGGGCCAAAUAAUAUAUAUCAUGUUGGAAUCAUGAUGUGUUAUGAUAAGAAACUGGAGGCUUCUAGAUCUGAUUUUUUUAAUGAAGAAUAUCAAACUCGUGACGUUGACUGUGUUUUAACGACCGGUGAAGUAAUUAAAAUGUUUGAAGAACAAAAUUUUAAUAUUAAUGAGAGCCUUGAAAUACCGUUAGACUCAUUUGUUAAAACAAGUAAAGAAGGACAACUUUUACGAUCACCUGGUUCGGCAUCAGGUGGCUUUCUUGAAUUUAUACUUGAAUAUUCCGCACGUGAAUUAUUUGGAAUAACAGGGGUUGAUGUUGAAAAAGAACAAGGUGUUGUUAUUAAGACUGGCAGAAACAAGGACUUUAAAGAAAUCUCUCUUGAGGUUGAUGGCAAGCCAUUGUUAAAAUUUGCUUCUGCAUAUGGAUUUCGAAAUAUACAAAAUAUUGUUCGGAAAAUUAAAAGUGGAAAUAGUCCUUAUCAUUAUAUUGAAGUUAUGGCUUGUCCAUCUGGCUGCAUAAAUGGUGGUGGUCAAUUAAAACCAAAUGAAACAAUACCAAUCAAAGAUUGGAUCAAUGAA